UUAUACAGUUUAGCAGAAAAAUAAAGCCCUAAAUGAGCGCAAAGAUAUCAAAUCUCACUUGAGUCGCGCAAAAUUCCACUCGACGCUUCUAAAACUACAAAAAUUGAGCCAUCAAUCUCUGAUAAGGAUUUUGAUUCUAUCUUUUGGAUGAUAAAUUCUCUUUAAAUCGCCUUGGAAACAUUCAGAAUUCUACAAUGGGAGCGAGUCGCAAGCUACAAGGAGAGAUCGAUCGUGUUCUCAAGAAAGUCCAAGAAGGUGUCGAUGUGUUCGAUAGCAUCUGGAACAAGAUUUAUCUUGAUAAAGGAGGAAGAAAGAGUUGUAAAAGAAUGUUUAUGAUACGGAUAAUGCGAAUCAGAAGGAGAAAUUUGAGGCUGACUUGAAGAAGGAAAUCAAGAAGCUGCAAAGGUACAGGGACCAGAUCAAGACUUGGAUUCAAUCGAGCGAGAUCAAGGAUAAGAAAAUUAGUGCCUCUUAUGAGCAGGCCCUGGUGGAUGCUCGGAAGCAAAUUGAGCGUGAAAUGGAAAGAUUUAAGAUCUGUGAGAAGGAGACUAAGACAAAAGCAUUUUCUAAAGAAGGCUUGGGCCAACAACCCAAAACUGAUCCGAAGGAGAAGGCUAAGUCAGAGACAAGGGAUUGGUUGAACAAUGUGGUUGGAGAGUUAGAAUCCCAGAUUGAUAGUUUUGAAGCUGAGAUUGAGGGGCUGUCUGUGAAGAAAGGAAAGACGAGACCACCUAGACUGACACACUUGGAGACGUCAAUUACACGACACAAAGCUCAUAUAAUGAAGUUAGAAUUGAUUUUGAGACUAUUGGACAAUGAUGAAUUGAGUCCAGAGCAAGUCAAUGACGUGAAAGACUUCUUGGAUGAUUAUGUGGAACGUAAUCAGGAGGACUUUGAUGAAUUUGAUGAUGUUGAUGAGCUCUACAGCUCAUUACCUCUAGACAAGGUGGAGUCUCUUGAAGAUCUAGUUGCAAUUGGCCCACUUUCCAAGGGUGGUCCAAUCUUGAAGACAUCUUUGGCAGCAUCAUCUCAAUUGCCUCAGGGUGGUUCCUCCCAGGAGCAUGUUGAAGAUACAGCUUCCCAGGAUGGUAAUUCUGAUAUAGCAAAGACCCCACCUCCAAAAAGUAGUACAAUUAAUUCUUCUGCUGCAGCAACGCCAGCUGGGAGCCAUGUAACCCCUGCUCCACUGAAUCUUCCACCACAUAGUUUGUCUGGUGCUUCAUCUCCUUCAGUUCUUCCAGAUUCAAAUUCUGCCCAAGGCCUCUUGGAAAGCACUGGCACCACCAAUCCUCCUUCUCCUGUAAAUUUGUCUAAUGCUACAAAGGAAGAAGAUAUCACAAACUUCCCUGGCCGUAGGCCAUCUCCAUCCCUUGCUGAUGCUGGAGUACGAGGCAUUGGUAGAGGUCUAUCCGGUCAGCCUUCAUCUACUAUACCCCUUGUUUCUGGAAGUGUGGCUUCUGGUAACGGAGCCCUUGGUGCUGUCCCUCCUGCCUCUGACAUGGCAAAAAGAAAUAUUUUGGGAGUUGAUGAGAGACUUGGGAAUAGUAGCAUGGGGCAAUCUUUGACAUCACCUAUUAGUAACAGAAUGAUCUUGCCUCAGGCAGCCAAGGCAAAUGAUGGAAGUGCACCUGUUGAUUCUAGUAAUCCUAAUGAGUCUGCUGGACUACCUGGCAGAGCAUUUUCUCCUUCAAUGGUUUCUGGCAUGCAGUGGAGGCCUGGAAGUUCGUUUCAGAAUCAAAAUGAGCUGGUGCAGUUUCGUGGAAGAACUGAGAUAGCUCCUGAUAUAAGGGAAAAGUUUUUGCAACGGUUCCAGCAAGUGCAGCAGCAAGGCCAUAGCAACCUGCUUAGCAGCAUGUCUCCUCUUGCUGGAGGAAAUCAUAAUCAGUUUUCUGCACAACAACAAAGCCCUCUCAUGCAGCAGUUCAAUCCUCAAAGCUCGUGUUUCUCUAUCCCACCUGGUCUGGGACAUGGUGGCCAAGCACCUGGUCUUAAUAGUGUUACCUCUGCAAGCUUACAGCAGCAACCAAACUCAAUCCACCAGCAGUCUAGUCAGCAGGCAUUGGCAACAAGUGUUCCGAAGGAUGCUGAUGUUGGCGUUGCAAAAGUUGAGGAACAACUGCAGAGUUUACCUGAUGGUUCAAGUUCUGAAGCUAUUCCAACUUCUGGGCUUGCCAAAAAUCUCAUGAAUGAAGAUGAUUUGAAAGCUCCAUAUGCAAUUGAUUCUCCUGCUGCUGUCUCAGGCUCUUUGACAGAACCUGCUCGAAAUAUUAGGGAUAUUGAUCUUUCUCCUGGACAACCCUUACAAUAUAACCAAUCUUCUAGUGGUCUUGGUGUUAUUGGCCGGAGAAGUGUUUCCGAUCUUGGUGCCAUUGGUGACAGCCUCAGUGGGUCAACAAAUUCUGGAGGAAUGCAUGAUCAAUUAUACAAUAUGCAGAUGCUUGAGGCUGCAUAUUACAAAAUUCCUCAACCUAAAGACUCAGAACGAGCAAGGAGCUACACUCCAAAGCACCCUGCGGCAACACCUGCUAGUUACCCUCAAGUUCAGGCACCCAUAGUGAAUAAUCCUGCCUUCUGGGAACGCAUAAGCAUGGAUGGAUAUGGCACUGGCACUGAUACACUGUUUGUUGCAUUUUAUUAUCAACAGAACACUUAUCAACAAUAUCUAGCUGCAAAGGAGCUGAAGAAGCAAUCUUGGAGAUACCAUAGAAAAUACAACACAUGGUUUCAGCGGCAUGAGGAACCAAAAAUUGCUACUGAUGAAUUUGAACAGGGAACCUAUGUAUACUUUGAUUUUCACGUGGCAAAUGAUGACCACCAACAUGGAUGGUGUCAGAGAAUCAAGACUGAGUUCAUCUUUGAGUAUAACUAUCUGGAAGAUGAACUUAUAGUAUAGGAGACUUAUAGGUGCGUAAGGCUAUACAACUCUAAUCUGCUGUGUUUUGCUUUGUAUAUAUAAAUACUGUUUAUCAUCCAUUGAAUUUCAUUGGAACUAGCGUCAGUCUGAGGGCACAUGUGAAAUUCAAAGAUCAAAGAUAUUUAAACCUCUGAUUUAGAAUUAUUAUUUUAUGAUGUC